AUGAUCGAACCUGUCACGGCGCUGGGCCUCGUCUGCAAUAUUUUCCAGCUUAUUGAACAAGGCAUUGAAGCAGCCGUUGCGUGCAAAGCAAUCUAUGAGCGAGGCUCUUUGGAUACAAACAAUGAGGUUGAAAGAUAUGCCCAGAGCAUUUCUGUGGCGAAUAAAGACUUGCAGACAAUUUUGAAAGCGCAGGAAGGCACUAGGGCCAUUCGUGCAAGAAGGCUUCAAAGCAUUGCCAACGAGGCCUUCUCAACAGCAGAAGAUCUAAAAAAGAUCUUGAACAACUUGAAACUGUCGAAAAGCCAGUGGAAGGGCGCUUUCAAGACAUCUUUGAAAUCACUCGUCAAUAAAGGCACUAUUGAUCGGCUACGCGCGAAGUUGGAACAGCAAGAUGCCGCAUUACGUUCGGCACUUUUAAAAGAACAGUAUAUUAAAGCUUUGGAAGAUGAUCGUGUCCGACAAAAGCGAUUUGAGACGCUCUCGGAGGGCCACAAAGACAUUAUUGCACGUGUUUUGCAGCGUUUGUCGCAAGCUUCUGAUGCUUCACUGGCGGCAACCAGGGCUUCAGAAGCUGCCAUAACUUCCCAUCUCAACCAACAGAAUGUCCGGCUUGAUAAGAGUGAAGCCACCAUAAUGGGUCGAUUCAAUGCCCAGGAGGCUCUCAUGGAGUCUCAGCGGACAAAGACUAUUGCUCUUCAUGACGAAGUGCGAGAGUCCUCCAGGUCACAUCUGCUUGAUUCGCUGGCUUUUGCUGAAAUGAGCGAACGUCGAAAUAUGAUUGAAAAGCGUGUUCGGGACUUUGGAGAGACUUUUGUAUGGGUCCUCAGGGGUCCAGACCGCAUAAAACAUUCACCUGAUGACGUUUGCCCGCAAUCGGACUUUGUGAAAUGGCUGUCCAGUGGCAGUGAAAUCUUCUGGAUUUCAGGAAAGCCUGGGUCUGGAAAGAGUCAGUUGAUGGACUUCAUAUACCAGAACCUCAAACCAGGAAAUUCAUGCUUUACAUCUUUAGAAGCAUGGGCGGCUCCUAACCGUGUUCACGUUCUAGACUUCUGGUUUUUCAAGCCGGCAACAAGUGUGCUGCUGAAGACAAUGCAAGGCUUCUGGAGGUCGUUGUGCUUUCAAAUUCUCUCCAAGGAUAAAAGCCUCAUACAGAAGGCCAUCCACGAUGGGAAAAUUGCUGACCGGGGUUCCCUCACGUUUCGACCCUGGACCGACAAGGAAUUGGCGUCCUGGUUCACUUACCUGCUCUCUGCCACCGAGCAUCAUUACCUUCUCCUGUUAGACGGCCUUGAUGAAAGCGCAGACGAUCACGAGGACCUCAUUCGAACCAUUGAGUCUCUCGUUCGCGAAUCAAAGAAUAUCAAGAUCUGCUGCUCCAGCCGGCCUGAGUUCCUUUUUGCCCAAAGCUUUGAGCGUUACCCGAUGCUAAGGUUACAAGAUCUAAACUUUGCUGACAUUGAAUCAUACUGCAGCAGACGACUUGACAAGACUCGCGCUGCAGUCCACGCUUCCAAUAUUGCCAGACGAGCAGAGGGAGUUUUCUUGUGGGCGUACUUGGUCGCAGAAGACUUAAGACGAGGUUCCCUUCAGGGCGAUAGCGACAAAGAUCUCGAGCAACGUCUGAGCGAGAGUCCAACUGAAAUGAAUGAAUUAUUCGAGUUCAUCCUCAAACGCCAGGACAGGUUCUAUCUCAAAUACCCCAAACCUUACCUCCUGUUGCUAGAUGCUGCGGUGCAUAUAGGUGCAUAUCCCAGCUUACUUCAGUUACUACUAGCAGCAAGAGACCUUGACGUGAUCAGCGCUCAAGUUGCGAAUGGACCGGACUCCGAAUUUCUAGCAGACUUGAAUGAGUCGGCCCGAAAUCUAGAAAUUAAUAUCGUCGCAAGUUGUGCAGGACUUGUCGAAACCGAACGAGACCGCGACCCGAUGGAGGCUCCCUAUAUCUGUUUAGUCGAGGCAAGCUGUGUAGGGCUAAGAUUUAUCCAUCGAUGUGUACAAGAUUUCCUACUUGAGAGCGAAAGUGGUGCGCACUUUCUGCGGUCUUGUGGAGUACCCAAAAAGGAUGCUCUGAAGCGACUAAUGACGGCUUCUGCCCUUUGUUUUGUCAUGAGUAAGGCAUCGGUCUUCUCUCACGAUGCUUUGGACUAUGCUGAGCACACAACCCCCGAAUCAUGGACGUCGGUACAGACAUAUGUUCUCGAUACUUUGUUCUCGGCCAUGUACUCAUGUAUCCCAGAAGGACGGGAAAUGCCCGACGACUCAGUAAAUAUCGAGUGCCCACAACUCUCCGGCCUGGAGAAUUUGGCGUUCGGUCAUUCCGCAACUCGCAAAUUAGUUCCUUACCUUGGGGAAAAGCUGGCUGGACUUGAUCCGGAGGGUGCAACUUUUGCGACAGGCCUCAUCGUCGCCUUGAUUCUUCGCCACUCGGACCAGUUGCAUGAACCCCUGGCAAAGAUACUGCAACAGUACAUCUCCUGGACGCGACCCAUUUCACUGAGUUUUUACGCGGCUUUUCGACUGAUCGUGAUUGCUGUUUCUCGACCGCUGUGGCAACACUACUAUCUGUGCAGUUCCAUCAAAUUUCUGCACCACCUAGAUACCGCCAAGUCCUCUCCCACUUUUCUCGAUCUGAAACUAAGGUCUAUGGUCCUGGGCAGCAGCGAUGGGUCAUUUCCCAUUGUAAUGGCGUUUCUCAUAGCUGCCCCAUAUUGGGAAUUCAUCCCUGACCCCGAAGAUGUUCGAUCCGAUGGAGCUUUAAUUUGUCAUGAGGUAUUCAAGACCCAGUUGCUUGUGCCUGAGUAUGAAAAGCUAGACUCGCAGACGGUCAACAGACCGACGGUCAACUUCGAGCAAUACUCACCUGGUGGACUUGCUCGCUUUCUCCGGAUUGAACCAGAAAUGAAGAAAUCGCUGCGGCGUGAAUUCGACAAGGGACACUUCCUUGAGACCAAUGAACCUGAAUACCUUGAAUAUACGAUGAAUAUCCUCAACGACAAUCUCAGUGUCUUGUCUCCAACGGAAAUCGCAGAUAUAGUAUGUUGUGGCAGAACAAAAUUGUUCUCCAGUGGCCGAUUCAGUUGUGCUAGCUGGGACGAAGUGGAAAUGUGGUUGAGCCGCUUGGGCAGUGGAGAUUUCGGUGAAGAUUUCAGAUCUGAUGAAGAUCCUGUCCUACUAGAAAUCCUGAAACGCCUGUCAGAGGAGCCACUACCUGGAACUCCGACGCCUGCUCGUGUCGAAGAGAUUGAGUACGAUUCCGGGUUGAGUACAGAGAUGGCCAGUGUGAAUCAAAACGAGACUGUAGGGCUUGGAGAGAGCGCUUGA